AAAGCAUAACACUGAAUAGCGCUUCACACGUGAGAGGCGAGCGGACAUUGUGGUUUUAUAGUUUCCUUCUGAAACAUAAAAACAAUGGCUUCAGACACAAUUCUCUUACUGAUUUCGUUUAUUUUCACCUCUCAGAGUGAAAUAUGUUCUCUGUACUACACCUAUAGUACCGUAUCGAAAUCUCUGAUUUCAGAAUUUCACCGCUCAGUUGAAAUCAAUGACAUAGAGAUGAGCUUCUGUAAGAGUGUGAAUAAAGCAGAUUUCUUGACUCAGUUGUGUGAGGAAUCUAAGAGACUCUUUAGAAAUGAAACUGAUUAUUUGAAUUAUAAAAGAGACUGGCUUCAGAUCAACUUAAACGCACUGAUGGAAGUAGGAAAUGAAAACGUGACGAACGAUGCAGAUCUUCAUGUUCUUCAGUGGAGACACGGCUGUGCAGGUGAACGUCACUCUAAUGGUUCAAUAAUAUUUCUUCAAGGAAGUGAUGAAUACGCCUAUGAUGGAGAGACUUUGACCUUUAACCUCUCUGUGCACUGGAAACCUUUGUUCCUUGAGCAUGGCAUCAUCUGGAACAGAGAAUCAGUUUCCAGUCUUGAGAGGAAAUGUGUGGAAACAUUAACCAGCUUUACUGACCUUCAACGAGAGGGAAAGUUCAUCACAGCAUCUCGUCCUGAGGUUUACUCUUCUGUAAAAGCAUCUGGAUCAUCAGAGCAGCAGAUUCUGGUGUGUUUGGCCACAGGCUUCUACCCUAAACAUGUGCAGAUGGAGAUCAGGCGUGAUCAGACGCUGGUACCUGAGGACCAGCUAAACUCACAUGGACUCAGACCAAACGCAGACGGAUCCUUUCAGCUAAUGAAGACUCUGCAGAUCCUGCCGUCUGAAAGAUCUCACUAUCAGUGUGUGGUGAAGCACCAGACUCUGACUGAACCACUCAUUAGCAGCUGAGGUAACGAUAAUGAGGAGGAUAAUAAAGGUCUCUAUUUCAUAAGAUCACUUCAUAAUUACUGUUACAUUUGAUUUUGCACCCUUAUCAAACUCUUUGUUUUCUGUGUCAGAUGAAUCGAAUGUCCUGCUGCCGGUGAUCAUUGGAGUUGAAGUUGCUUUAGUUGUUCUUGCUAUCAUUGUUCUUGUUUUGUAUCUGUUGAGAAAAUGUGUUAAAUAUCGAAGUGAGUAUUAUUCCUUUAAGUGUUUUAAAGUCC